AAAAAGAGAUGCUGCUGUUCUCUUUGUUCCACAGUUUGACAAAAUGAAGUCACCAUUAUAACUAAACAAAAAUGAAGACAUGUUUUCUACAUAAGCGAUGGACUCUGCUCUUCUACUGUUUGUCAGAAAUCUUCUUCUCUGUGUCAGUAUCCAGCACUUCAGCUCAGGAGGUACUGAAUAGAGCUGUAGGAGAGUCUAUUACAUUCCCUACUCGGGUUCCUGCAUCUGGCACUAUAAUGUAUGUAGGCAGAACCAUUGGACAGGUGUUGAAUAAACAGACUGAGACAGACAUUACUGAGGAGUUUAAGAAUCGUCUCCACUGGGACAGUCAGAGUGGGUUCUUCACUCUCUCAGACCUGAGAACAGAUGAUUCAGGUGUUUAUACUGUAGAGAGCACUAAAGAGGAGAAGAGACAACAAGCCUAUCAGCUGAACGUGUACGAUAAAGUUUCUGCACCUCAGGUGACAAAUACAACCUACAAUUCUUCAGAGAGUAAAGUCUGUUCAUUGCAGUGCUCAGUAAGAAAUGUGAGGGGACUGAAACUCUCUUGGUUUAAAGACAUUGUCAUACUGAACCACAUCAACAGCUCCAGUCUAAAUGACACACUGAAUCUCUAUCUGGAAAUAGAUAAGUUUGACAAUGACACCUACAGCUGUGUGGCUACCAACCCAGUCAGCAACCAGACGACCACAGUCAACAUUAAGAAACUCUGCCAAUAUAGCCCUGAACAAUCCAAUGAUCGUAAAAGGGACAUUGUUACUGCUGUAGUUUGCAGUAUGACUUUUAUCGUGGCGAUUAUAGUAAUGAUUAUGUGCCUGCGAAGAAGAAAAUUGCAAAAUGAAUUGCAUCAUCACAGAGAAGACUCAUCUGCAACUGAAGGACUGAAUGAAGAAGUGCAAUAUUCUGUGAUAAAUCAUAAAAAUCAUGCUCAGACAAACAUAUGCGAACCUGCCUCAAAGGAAACCUGUCAGCUAACUACAAUUUAUGACCAGAUUCGUCCGCUUGAUCCAGGGGCUUCCGUCCAGAGCGGAUCCGCUUAGACACAAACAGGAAAGUGGUCAUCAGAGUGUUUAUGAGAAGAAAUUUUGUGCAUGAAAUUUUUGUGACAUGCACAGUGCUCAGGACAUUCACAUGUUGAUAAAGAAAGUCAUUCUUACUGUGUAAUGAAAUUAAUUUAACUGGGUUCCUGUCAAUACUACCAUAGACUUUUGGCACUUAAAGAGGCAAACCUAUCACACCUACACUCUUAAAGAGAACCCUGACUGUUAAGACUAGUGUAUGGAGGUGUAUGUGUCUAAUACUAUUAAAAUAUGAUAUAAGCCCCCUGGACAAAAAAUAUCACCUUGCAUGCUUAAGGUGGUAGUAACUUCAGGCUCCUGCAGAUGACGUUGCACAAGGAUGAUCAGGCUAUAAAUACCUGCGGGAUGUGCGAUGGGAUUCAUAGAUUGAGAAGAGGUGGUACGGUGCAGUGAAGGUCUCAUUUGAUGUGUGGAAAAUGGAUCGCAAAGCAGAUGUUCAUGAUUGGCAAAAAGGAUUUGGGUGUGUCAAAGGCCAUAGUGUGAAGGAAGUAGCUGAAUGUGUAGGUGUAUUGAAGCGUACUAUCAUACUGGUUGACCAGCAGUGGCAAAAAUCCCAGUCCAAAUUCUUGUCAGAAUUGUGGCAAAAGACAAAACUGACAGGAACUGCUGGCAUGUUUCACGGCUUGUGAAUAAAAAUCACGUCGCUUCCAGGCAAGAACUGGACUGGCCCACAAAACCCCCAGAUUUAAAUCCUCCCUUUAAAUCUGUGGGACUACCUGGAACAGGGAAGGCGUCCACUAAAUCUGGCCGAACUGCGCAAUUCUUUGAUGAAAGAAUGGCUGAGCAUUGAUGUUACCUACAUCGAGAAACUUGUCCAGUCCAUGCUAAAUCGAAUCGCAGCUGUUAUUCUUGCUUGUGGGGGUAUUACACGCUAUUAGGUACGUUUCAGUUACAGGUGAUUUUUUGUCAAGGUGAGUUUAUAAACCAAAUGCAAAUGUUCUGUUUAUUAAAAAAAACAUGACAAAUAUGCUAAUCCCUCUAUUGGACUGGACUCAGUCCUAUAGAAAAUAAGACAAUCCAAAAAACCUCUGCUGGGUAAUGUAAUGCUCUCGUUAAGUUGGAAAGGAUGAAUCAUCUAUUAAUUAAAUUAGAUAUUUAGCUCACUGCACAUGUACUUUGAUUGAGGUGUCUUCACAGUCAUGAUUCCCUUUAAAAAAAAAAAGGUGCCACAGAGUUCUUUGUCUGAUGCCAUAGAACACGUGUCAAACACCAGAUCAGGCCCAUUGCAUAAUCCUAUCCGGCCCGCAAAAUUAUUUUCAUUUUCUAUUAAUAUUAGCCUGUUUCCCAACACGCUGAACCACAAUCCCCACCAUGCACUGCUGCAUAAUGUGUAUAAUGUAGUUAUAUAACCUAUUGUAAUGCGCAUAAUGUUGUAUAAUUUGAUAGCACCUGUUGCCUUUUACACUGUGUGUGAAUUUCAUGAAGAAUGGACCAACAGACAUGGCCAAAAUAUACUUGGAAAAAAGUCUGGUUCCAUUGAUUUACAUUGAAAUUAAAGUAUGUUUUUUCAUUCUCCUCUAAAGUUACCAUUUUGGGGAUACAAGGUUUUGUUCUGACUGCAGCAAUAUAUCUAUAUCUAUUUAUACAUCUAUACACUUUGAGUCAUUUCUAUUUGUCCAUUCAAUGUGAAGUUUAAUACAAUGUAAAGGCUGCUGUGUUCAAAUUACCUACAAUAAAAAAAGAGAUUUCUGUAUUUUUUUUAUUUUAUUUUUUUGACAGUGAUGAUAUCUCAUUUACAAAAAAGGUUCUCUGAAGAUACCUCUGCUUCUUGAAGUGGAAGACGCUAGAAAGGUUUUCUAGGGCAUGGAAAGUGGUUCUUCAAUAGCUUUAAUGGCAUCACACUGAGAACCCUUUUGGGCACCUCAUUAUUACUAGAGUAGGUUAACAUUAAUUACAGAAUAUUUUAUAAUACUAUUUUGAACUUGUUCUGUAUAUUAACUUUAACCAUGUCUAGAAAUUUGAAUUAGAGACUGUUGUCUCCUGUUGCCUCCAAGUGAAAAUGUAUAUAAAUAUGCACUAAUUUAAGAAUGUUUAUUUUAUUCAAUGUUUUUUUUUUUUGACUUACACUGUCUUGCUAAUGUAUUUGCUGAAUUCAUCCAGCUGCAACUUAGAUAUGUAUAAUAUAUAGAUGCACUGCAUUUCUGUUGGCUACUAAUCAGUCACUCUUCCAUUUCACUCAACACAUAUAACGCCUUUUUAAACCCUUUGCAAACUUUUAAUAUCAGCUGAAAGACUUUGUAUUAUUAUUAUUAUUAAUGAAGGAUGAGAGUUCAUGCACAGCUUUCGGUGUUUUGAAGUUCUGAUGCAAAAAGCACAAUUUGCAACUGAGAAGUUCAUGGCAAGGGCUCUGAAUUUGUUUAAUGCAAAUAACAUACUGAAGUAAUCACUCAACUGCUCCAAAGCACAUUUCAGUUAGAAAAUGUCCCAGAACAUUUCAUUAUUCUUACAAAACUGUGACCUUCAAAGAGCUCCCAGUGUCUUGCUAGUCUCACACCUGUAUGCAAAUGGCAUUUACACCCCAGGGUGCAGCUGUUCUUUUAUCUGAUGUGGUUUGGAUACGAGACGGACGAGGGGAGAACAAUCAGGAUGUUGUUAUUUCAGUUCCUCUUUGUAAACGGAACAUGCCUGUGGAAAGGUGGGAACCAGGCUAAACUCAUAAACACAUAAAUCGAUCAGCUUGGAUAAAUAUAACACCUGCUGUAAACUCAGAGGUUUUAUACACUUAAGCUGCAUCCAAAACCACAUACUAUUCUAUAUCAUACAUACUGUACACAAGUAUGUACUACUAAUGCAGAUGUACUGUAUAGUAUAGUAGUAUGCGGUUUUGGGUGCAGCCUUUUUUGUGUUUUAAACCCUGCUGUUAUUGUUCAAAUAUGUGACUAUUCGCUAUUCGCUCUUGUGGUUAUAUCCUGCAUGUUCACUCGAGUGCUUAUAUUUGUUUUCUUAUAUUUGGUUUAUAGUCUUUUCCUACUGCUCGAGUCCUGCUUUGUUCUUCAAAUCCAUUUUGUUCACCAGCCUAGUUCACUGAAUUCACUGCACCACUGUAUCCAGGGAUAAUCCUACCCCAUUGUACAUUUAUUUCUAUUUUGUAACUUUUUUAAUGUUUUAUGUUACUAUUACAUUAAUAAUUAUGAUACAUUGGUUGAAUUAAUCCUUCAAGUUUUAAAUGUCAAAUAUACAUCAACAUAAAACUGAGAUUUGACCAAAUUGUAUGGAGUUUGAUGGCCUUUCUUGAAGACUAUGUCAUUAAGACCAAGCAAUAAUUCUUCUUUAAAAUGUGAACCCCGACUCUGAUACCAAUGUAGGCUACACAUGUCAUCUAACAAAUAUUUAGGCCAGAAAUUGUAAACUUGCUUUGUGAAUUACACCUCAUUCUAGCACUGGAGACAAUAGUAACAUUUAAACAGGUACUGAAGAAUAUGUUCAAUAUCUGAAUGGAGCACUGUAGCACUGUUUUGUUAUUCAUUGUUAUCCCUAUUA